UUCAAACAGCCAAGAAGAAAGAGGAAGAAGGAGCUCGCGAGAUCGCUAGCUAGCCAUGGUGGCGGCGAUGACAAUGUGCGCCGCGGUGGCGGUGCUCCUCGUUCUGACGUCGACAAUGGCGGCCGCCGCCGGCGAUGGCGAUGGCGAUGGCGGUGGCUUCGACUACAAGAAGGCGCUGCACAGCGGGCUGCUCUACUUCGAGGCGCAGCGGUCGGGGCACCUGCCGUACAACCAGCGGGUGCGGUGGCGCGGCCACUCGGGGCUCGCCGACGGGCUGCAGCAAGGGGUGGACCUCGUCGGCGGCUACUACGACGCCGGCGACAACGUGAAGUUCGGCCUGCCCAUGGCGUUCACGAUGACGAUGCUGUCGUGGGCCGCGGCGGAGUUCUGGGACGAGAUCGCCGCCGCCGGCGAGCGGCGGCACGUGCUGGAGGCCAUCAAGUGGGGCACCGACUACCUCGUGAAGGCGCACACCGCCGCCGACGAGCUGUGGGCCGAGGUCGGCGACGGCGACACCGACCACUACUGCUGGCAGCGGCCGGAGGACAUGACGACGUCGAGGCAAGCCUACAAGGUGGACCGCGACAACCCCGGCUCCGACGUCGCCGGCGAGACCGCCGCCGCGCUCGCCGCCGCGUCCAUCGUGUUCCGCCGCUCCAAGCCCCGCUACUCCCGCCUCCUCCUCCGCCACGCCGAGCAGCUGUUCGACUUCGGCGACAGGUACAGGGGCAAGUACGACAGCAGCAUCGGCGAGGUGAGGGCGUACUACGCGUCGGUGAGCGGCUACGGCGACGAGCUGCUGUGGGCGGCGCUGUGGCUGCACCGCGCCACCGGCCGCCGCGGCUACCUCGACUACGCCGUCGCCAUGGCCGACGAGCUCGGCGGCGUCGGCUGGGCCGUCACCGAGUUCAGCUGGGACGUCAAGUACGCCGGCCUCCAGAUCCUCGCCGCCAAGGUGCUCAUGGACGGCGGCGACCACCCGGCGGCGCACGCGGCAACGCUGGAGCAGUACAGGUCCAAGGCGGAGCACUACCUCUGCGCCUGCCUCGGCAAGAACGCCGCCGCCGGCGACAACGUCAACCGCACCGCCGGCGGCAUGCUGUUCGUCCGCCGCUGGAACAACAUGCAGUACGUCACCAACGCCGCCUUCCUCCUCACCGUCUACUCCCGCUACCUCCGCGACUCCGGCGGCGACACCAUCCGGUGCUCCGGUGGGGCUAUGGCAACCGGCGACGAGUUGGCGGCGAUGGCGAGGGCGCAGGCGGACUACGUGCUGGGCGACAACCCGGCGGGGGUGAGCUACAUGGUCGGGUACGGGCGGCGGUUCCCGCGGCGGGUGCACCACCGCGGGGCGUCCAUGGUGUCGCACCGCGCGGACGGGCGGUUCGUGGGGUGCGUGCAGGGGUACGACCGCUGGUUCCGGCGCGGCGGCGCGAACCCGAACGUGGUCGCCGGAGCCAUCGUCGGCGGGCCGGACGACCGCGACAGGUUCAGGGACAGCCGCGACAACUACAUGCAGACGGAGGCGUGCACGUACAACACCGCGCCCAUGGUCGGCGUCUUCGCGCACCUGCACGCCCAGAAGAUGGCGGCGAGGACUGCUAAUAAUAAUGCCGAUCGAUCGAUGAUUAAACGAGUGGAUUGAACACCAAGAAUUUUAGUUGAUUAUUAGGAGGGGUUUUGGUUGGUUUUUGGGUUAAGGUUUAAUUUGGAGUGUUAGAAUUUUGAUUAGGGAUGUGUAGGUUUGUGGCAUUGUUGCAUGGCUGAAUAGGCCGGCACUGUAAGUUUGCAUGUGUAGCUAUUUUUUGCAUUUAGUAGUAGUGUGUAUGUAAUUGCAUGUUGAAAUAGAUGAAGUUUUUGUUACAAAAGAAAAAGGGGUUUUCAAGGGAUUUGUAUGCUUCAAAACUCAAAACAUAUAAAAA